CACAAAACACAACGCGCAAAAUACAAAAGACAAACCGCAAACCGSAAACCGCAAACCACCCACAGCAGCACUGCAGCUAGGACCACCCACGGGAAAUCGAAUCGCCGAACACGAUGGUUUCGUACUCGCUCGAAGACGCCCUGCGGACCGUCCAGACCGGCGGCAGCGGCAGCAGCAGCAGCAGCAGCAACGACUGCGUCGGCGGAAACGACGACGACCAUGCCUGCGACGGAUCGCUCGCACGGUGGGAGCUGGAGGCGGAGAAGGAACCGCACAAUACGAACGGAGGGACCACCGAGGCUCCCUCCCGCGCAGAGGCGGUGCCCGUGACGCAGACCCAGACCGAGGCCCAGAGCCCGGCCACGCCGGCAAAGCCGCCGAAGCAACCCGUUCCGCUCCUCUCGGGGACCCUCGCCCUCGAAAACGGAGGGAGGGGGGUCUCGCUCAACGGCACCUGGCAGUACGAGGGGCCAGCGCCGUCCCCCGUCUUUCCCUUUGAGCUCUCCGCCACCCGGGACAACGGCCUCUCGGGCCCGAACACGGACCUCUCGAGGGACGGAAGCCUGAUCUUUUCGGGCAAGUUUGUUGCGCCCUCUGUCCACGUGACAAUGAAUGGAAAGCAGUCCCUCCGGAACAAGACCUUUCGGGAAAGCAGCGUCCGGAUCGAGUUCCGUUCCCUGAGCCGUUCCCCCGGCAACGAGCCGAACGCCCUGGUCUACCGCGUCGAGGGGUCCGGGAAGAACCAUUUUGGAACCUUUGUCCUGCACGGAACGGCUCGGAGGGGAACGUCCCCCGGUGGGUGGCCCCUGUCGGUCGUGCUCAAGAAGAUCUACCGGGGAAUCCCCGAGGAUCCCGUGGUGGUGGACGAGGAGAUCUCGACUUUCGCGUCCCCGAUACGCAAGGGGGAUGGCGCGGGCGCAGAAAACGACAGCGACAACCAGGUCUCCGACAAUGCCAAUGCCAACGAAAACGACAACAACAACGACAACGACAACUCCGACGAGGACAAGGAUGACGACGAUGACGACUACAUCCACCCCUCGAUCCAAGCCGCGGUCGAGGCCAAGCGGGAGUCGCUCUCGCCCCAGCGAUCCAUGGCGACAGGGAUUUCGCCGGAUCAGCAACAGGAAACGCCUGUGCAAGAGCCUCCGGAUCCAAUGCCGAGCGACAAUGCCAUCGAUCCACCCMGAGACGCGGAAGCCACGCGACAAGCAGACCAGCGAAACGACGAAGAGCGAAGGCGACGGGAGGAACUCCAACGGAGAACGAAACAGCAGGAACAAGAGGCACUGCAACGGAGAAGAGAACAACAGGAACAAGAGCAACGAGAAUGGGAAGAGGAGAUGCGCCGGCAGCGGUCGUCCUCGCCGUCGUCGUCGGCCGUGGACCAGGUCAACGGCAGGGGGAUGUGGCACGCGUGGACCCGGAGUUUCGACACGCCGCUCCUGGCCCUCCUCGAUCUCUUUGACAAUGCCGUCGACGCCAGCUGGACGCUCCUGCCGGAGGGAAAGAACCCAGACCGACCGGUUUCCUCGGGGGCGGUCGAAGCAAUCCACCGUCCCAAGAUCCGCGUCGACAUGGACACGAUCGGCCGCAACGGGGUCGUCCUGAUCAACGCGUCCAGGUUCAUCCCCCCCCUCAAACAGGUCCUGCAGGUCUACAAGUCGAGCAAGGCCGGGGAUGCGGACAACAGCAUCGGGGAAAACGGGAUCGGGGUCAAGCACGCAUGUGCCUCGCUCUCGACCCUUUCCUUUGUCUUUACCAAGACAACCAGAAGAGACGCGGACGGGAGCCAGCGGUCCGUCCUCAGCAUGGGAAUCCUCAUGCAGGAGUUGCAGCGGGACGACGGGAUCGUCCUGCCUUCGGUGGGCUGGACGCUGGACGCAGACGGGGAACGAGCCAGAGGCGCGGACUCGGAAAACGAGUUUGUCUUUGAGAUUGGCGACCUGGAAACCAAGCUCGAGGCGAUGUGCGACAAGCACCCCAGGACGUGGGGCAGGGCCGUCCGCGAGUACGGGGGCUAUCACCGGAAGGACGGGAUCGAUCAGUGCCUCCAGCACAUGGACGUCCUGCUCUCCCACCGGGACUGGAGGGACUGCGACAAUGUCUUUUGCGUGGUGCUGACCAACCUCAAGCACGCGGCCUUUGACCAGGGGGCCGGGGACGACGACCACGAGCAAAACGAAGCGGUGACCAUCGAGAUCGAGGACCACGGCAGCCCGGUCCGGGCCCGGCGGAACGGAUCGGGGAGGGAGGCUCCCGGCCCGAGGGCCAUUGCCUACCACGAGGUCCAGCGGGGAGGGGACGACGACGAGGACGAGGACGCCCAGCGGUCUCUCUCGCUCCUGCACACGCUCCGGGACCAGCUGCCCUACCUCUACCUCCACCUGCACGACCUGGACGUUUGCGUCCAGGGAAGCCCGAUCGAAUCCAUAUACUGGGAACGCCGGCUGGCCGAGCUCUCCCGGUUCGAGCUGCAGGUUUCCCAGACGGAGCUCUGGAGCAAGAUCAGCAAGAGCCGGUACGAACCGAACCACGUUCGGAACGUGUACGAGAUCGACGAUCCCUCCAAGGUGGUCCGCUUCUUUUGCGGGUUCGAUCCCUACCGGUGCCGGGUGCCCGUGGGCUCCAAGACGGAAGGCGGGGAGGGCAGCGACAAGACCGCGAUGACCCCGGUCCCCGGAGGGAACCAGGUCAUGGGUGGGAACAACUCGGCCCUCAAGGUGUAUCUCUACAGCCGGCAAUCGGGCCGGCUGAUCAAGGUCCGGAACGAUCCGCGAAACGAGUUGGGCCUAACGGGGGGAUCGACGGACUUUUGCCAGGGAAUGACCGUGAUCAUCGACGACUACAACGGGACGCUUCCGCUCAACCCCACCAAGCAGGACACGGCCUACGGGCAUUCCAAGCACGGUCAGAUCCACGCUUCGAACGUCAGCGAGUGGACGGCAGCCAUUGCCCACUUUUACUGGAACUACUACUACUACCGGCUGGGGGAUUCCAAGACGGCGAUUCGGGAGGCGGUCCUGGAAACGAAGCCGUCCCUGGAAGAAGCCUACCGGCACUACCAAGACCGAGAGCAGAUUGAAGAAGACAACGAUUUUGUCUCCAUCGUCCCGCUCUGCAAGGGGACCUUCAUCUCGUACGACAACGUCGACUUUACCCUUCGGAACUACCGCGGCGUUGCGACGAUCCGGUGCAACAAAAAGUGGAGGGAGACGGCUGUUCCGAAGAUAGCCCGCCACGAGGUUGUUCGGUUCAGCGAGGAGUUUGUGGCGAGUGCGACCAAAAGGCGUGCCGCGACCGCUAAGAAGAAGCGCGACACCCUGGACCUUGCCGCGGGCCACCGGGUCUCCCAGCGCGUGACGUCGCUGGAGGUGGUGGGGCCCCCACCGGCCAAGAGACUGCGGAGCUCCCACCACGACGAGGCAAGGAUCGACCUCUUGCGCGACGACAACAACGACGACGGUGGCGGCGGUGAGAAUUCCGACCAUCCACAACAACCUCCCAACGGCGAUCAAGCCUAUGGACGAGUAUCCGACGGGCGGACGGAGUCCUUCGAGGAACGCGGCAGGCAGGAUGGCGGAAGCCAUCCCCAGGCCGCUGUGGGAUUCCAGGUCCAGCAUCUCCACCAGCAGCUGCAGCAGGCAUGGUACGAUAAUUCCCGCCUCGAGCAGGAGUGCAGCAGGUGGAGGAGGCAGGACGCCGUCCUGCAGCAAGAGUGCCAGAACCUCCGGCUAGCAAAGGCAGCCAACGAACGAGAGUUAUACGACCUCAAGACCUUCCAGCUAAAAGCACGGGGGGAUGUGGAACGGCUGGUGGCAGAGGUCGAACACCUGCGAAACAGAGGGGCUCCGCCCCAACACCAGCCCAACCAAUUUUCUCCUGGAGGCCCCGCAGCGGAGCAUGCGCAGGUGGACAAGCUCCGGCGCGAGGUCCAGGUGUACAAGUCGCGGGCGGAAUUCUACAAGAAGGAAACCGAGUCCAAAAAGGCGCAGAUCGAGAACCUCGUCCAGGAACGAAGGCGGUUCGAGGAGCGUGUCCAGGAGCUCGAAGAUGCCCAGCUAGAUGACAACGGCGGGAGCAAUCCUUUGGAAAGCAUAGUGACGAUCUGAGAAAGGAAACCAAGCAAACACGCAGGGGAAGCGGUUUGGAGUGUCCGCUGUUGUUUCGUCGAAUGAUGUUUUUGGUUCGCUGAACGAGGAACGCGUUCGCAACGGACGGGAGGACUCAUUGGGUACAAUACUCCGAGGUGGUUGGUUGUAGCGAAAAUGAAAACGAAAAGAGUAGCUAGAAUGAAAAACAAUGGACUUCAUAACAAUAUAAAGAACUAAACAUU